CUAAUUUAUUAGCAGCGUUGCAUCCUGCAAUUGAUUUCCUUUACCCAAUUCCAAACAUCCCUCCUGCAAUUGCAAGGCCAAAAUGUCUGUCGAUGGCCAGCACCAUAACAUCGUGGCAAUAGAAGCUAUCCACUGCCCAAUUCCAGCGCCGGCCCUCCCCUUACCACAAUCCUAUACUCUCAUCCAACACCAAUGGACCUCCCAAUCCGACUUGGCGCCGCGCAUCAAAGACGCCACGAUCAUCAUCACGACCACCAUCGCCCUCACGGCUAAAGAACUGAGCCCCGAAGUCACACCCCACCUCCGCCUAGUCGUGGUCAUGGCCACGGGGACCGACUGCGUGGACAAAGACGCCGCCCGGGCCCGGGGGAUCCCCGUGUGCAACUGCCCGGGCACCAACGUCGAGAGCGUCAGUGAGCACGCCAUCGGCCUCUACUUCGCUACCCGGCGCAAGAUCGUGCAGCUCCACUGCGCGACGGCCGCCAUCCCCGCCGAUCCGGAGCGAGACACGGACUGGAAAACGACGGGGUCGCUGCAUCGACGCCUGCGCUCCAAGGACGGCCACGCGCCGGUGCUCUGCGGUCGAGAAACCUUAGGCGUGAUCGGCUACGGAGCGCUCGGGCAGCGGAUCGCGAAGGUCGGCGCGGCCCUCGGGAUGAAGGUGCUGAUUGCAGAGCGGAAGGGCGAGGUGGAGCGGCCGCGCGCAGGACGGACGCCCUUCGACCAGGUCCUGAGGCAGUCCACGGUGGUGAUUCUUUGCUUGCCGCGAACGCCGGAGACGGAGGGGUUGAUCUCGAGGGAGGAGCUGGAGGGGAUGCAUCCGCAAGCCUUGCUGAUCAAUGUUGCGAGGGGUGGGAUUGUCGAUGAGAGCGCGCUGCUGGAGGCGCUCAGGCAGGGGUGGAUUUCGGGGGCGGCGACGGAUGUCUUUGCGAGGGAGCCGGCGGGGCGAGGGGAUUCGCCGUUGCUGGGGGUCGAGGCUGAAGGGCUGAAUUUGGUGUUGACGCCUCAUCUGGCUUGGUUGUCGGAAGAUACGUUGGUGAAUCUGCAGGAUGCGGUGAAGUGGACGAUUGAACGGUGGUGCGCAGGCGAGACGGUUAAUGACGUUAGUGGUUAG